GCAGAAUCUAUUAAAAUUACAUACUACCGCAGACACACUAGUCUGCUAAGGAUCAGUCUCCGUGACAGACCAUACGGACUGGAGGUUGAGUUUCGAAGACUUAUCAAGGACUAGUGGCUCAGAAUGGAAAGUAAACAGAAAUCUGAUGUCUGUUACAAACACGCCUACUCUGUUUUAGAUGUCUAACCCGGAAGUGUUAGAGAUUCAGCGUAGUUUACUUUUUGCGGUAAGACAAUACAUUUUUUCGCUAUUUAUUUAAGAUAUAACACCAAAUGGAUUAACUGGACAAGAGAGACUACAUGUUUUGCUCAUGACCAUGAAUAAAAGAAAGUCAAAAACACAGACUGAGGCAAAAGUCAGCAAAAGUUUCAGAAUAGAUGAGCGAUGUUCUGCACAGGAUGAAGAUUUUGAAGAUGAAGAGAGUUUGGAGGACCAUUCGUUCUCCACUUCGAGUUUGGGAGAUAUCGGUGUCAUUGAGAGCAUUACACUGAAGAACUUCAUGUGCCAUCAACACCUUGGUCCAUUCCAGUUUGGUCCAAACGUGAAUUUUAUUGUUGGAAAUAAUGGGAGUGGAAAAAGUGCAAUUCUCACUGCCCUUAUCGUGGGUCUUGGGGGAAAGGCCACCAUGACAAACCGAGGAGUUUCACUGAAAGGAUUUGUUAAAAAUGGAGAGGGCCAUGCAGAUGUCACUGUCAAGCUGCGCAACAGAGGGUCAGAUGCAUUUAAGGGAGACAUAUAUGGGGACUGCAUCAUUGUUGAACAGCGCAUCACCAGUGAUGGGUGCAGGUUAUGCAAGAUUAAGAGUAAAGCUGGACAGAUUGUCUCCAACAAGAAGGAGGAGUUGAUGUCUAUUUUAGAUCAUUUUAACAUUCAGGUAGAUAAUCCGGUCUCAAUCCUUAACCAAGAGAUGAGUAAACAAUUCCUCCACUCAAAAAGUGAAUCAGAUAAGUAUAAGUUCUUCAUGAAGGCGACACUGCUGGAGCAGAUGAGGAGGGAUUAUAUUCACAUCAAGCAGACGGAGGAUGUGACGCGGGACCAGGUGGAGCGGCAGGAGGAGUGUCUGAAAGACCUCAAGCAAGACUAUGUACUGAAGAAAGAGAGGUAUGAGAGUUUGGCAUCCCUCGACGAAAUGAAGAAUACCCUGGAGGGACUGCAGAAGAAGAUGGCCUGGUGUCUGGUUAGAGAGAAAGAGUGGCAGAUUGAGCAGCUGAAGGAACAGGUUGAAAAAGAGGAGGGUGAUGGCAAAUUCGAGGAGAAACUUCUUCUUUGUCAGUCCAAAAUCACCCAGGCUAUGAAGAAGGGCAGUGACAUCCAACAGAAGCUGGACAAGGUACUUGAGGAGGAACAGUCUCUGGCCGAGGAGAGUCACAAGCUGAAGGAAGAACUGAAAGUCAAAAGUAAAGAUCAGAAAGGCCAAGAGGUUGUGUACUUUCGAGCAGAAAAUAAACUCAAGCAGUUGGAAAAGGAACGGUGCCUUCUCUUGGAGAGAAUACACAAAACCAAACAUAUUGAAAGUCAGAAUCAGGAAGUGGAACGCGUCAAACGCCUCAAGAAGAUAUCUGCCCUGAAGAAGCAACUGGAAAAACAUGAAGCCCAAUCAGCUGCACUCAAUCAAGAGAUAAAGGAUAAGCAACAAGCCCUCUUCAAAGGGAGGGAGGAGUAUGACAAACUCAGCAUGGAGGAGAAGAAUAUCAAGGUGUCCUUGGAAGCUAAACUGAAGAGGAAAAACCAGCUGCUGGCCAGCAGGUCCAACAGGCUCAGGAUGUUUGGAGAUCGGAUGCCAGAGUUAAUAGAGUCUAUUAACAAGGCACAUGCCCAGGGACGCUUUGCACACAAACCGGUUGGGCCCAUAGGUUCCUGCAUCUCCCUAAAAGACCCCAGUCUGACCGUUGCGGUGGAAAGCUGCUUGCGUAGCUUCAUGAAGACGUUCUGCUGUGACAACUACCGCGACGAGAGGGUCUUAGAGGAGCUCAUGGCCCCACACUUUCCCAGAGGCAGUCGGCCUCAAAUCAUUGUGUGCCACUUCGCUGAAAAGGUUUACAAUGUCCAGGGCAGAGGGGUGAAGCAUCCUGAGUUUCCAUCUGUGCUUGAUACGCUAAACUGCUCCAGCCCCGUCAUCACCAACUGCCUGAUAGACAUGAGGGGGAUCGAGUGCAUCUUGAUCAUCAAAGAUAGCGCCAUGGCCAGGAAAGUGAUGCAGCAGGGCAGGCCGCCUCGUAACUGCAGAGAAGCCUUCACUUCGGAGGGAGACCAUAUCUACACCAACCGCUACUACACCCCAGAGGCGGAGGUGCUCAUCAAGUAUCUGGGGGGAGACCCCGAGGCAGAAAUCCGUCUGGUGGAGUCUGAGGUGGAGAACCAUCGAGCCCAGCUUUCCCGCUUCCAGCUUCACCUGAGCUCCGUCAAGCAGGACAUCCAGGCCAUGGAGGACAAAAUGAACAGUGUCAUCAUCGCCUGCAAGAAGAAUCAGGCAAGUGUCAAUCAAGUGAAGGCCUCCAUUUCUGAACUGGAUAACAUUGAGGAGUCCCAAAUAGAGGACAUCAGCACCCUGGAAGAGGAGGUGCAAGAGAUUCAACAGAAAAUUGACUUGGAAAGAAAGAAUGUUGAGGAAACGAAGGCUGAACUGGACAGGCAGGAUGCACUUCUUUUGGAUAUUGGCCAGAAGUUACAAGAUGUCAGGAAUAAAAUCGAACUUCUUACUGACGACUCUGAUCAACUGAAGGAAGAGCAAGUGAAGAGGGAGGCUGAGUCCAGCAAGCUGGAUCAGACCGUGAAGAUCCUGGAAAAGAAAGCCAAGGUCCACGAAGAAAACAUCCAGGGCAUGAAGAAUGAGCUUGAAGCCAAAGAAGAGGAGAUUGAGGAAUUCAUAGAGAAGGCCAAACAAAUCAGCCCAGUGCGGCAAUCUGUCGACCGGAGCACAAAAAGUCUGGACACAGAGAUCACUCGUCUGCGACAGAAAAUCACUGCACAGGAGCGUAGCCAUGGAGACAAGGAGAAAGUAAUGAGAGAUUAUGCUGAAGCUCAUGAAAACUAUAAGAGUAAGUCAAGCCAGCUCAGGGAUUUGAAGAAGUUUAUCGAUCGUCUGGACAACAUAAUGACCGACAGACAAGCCCGUUACAAAACUCUUCGAAGGUCGCUCUCUGUGAGGUGCAAGCUCUAUUUCAACAACUUCCUAAUAAAACUGCAGUGCUGUGGCUCCAUGAGAUUUGACCACAACAAUGAAACCCUCUCAAUAUCAGUGAAGCCACCUGGUCAGGAGAAUGACAGUGUGAGUGACAUGCGAUCACUGUCAGGCGGGGAGCGGUCCUUCUCCACCGUGUGCUUCAUCCUGUCGCUCUGGGAGAUCACGGAGUCGCCCUUCCGCUGUCUGGAUGAGUUUGAUGUCUACAUGGAUAUGCACAAUCGCCGCAUCUCACUGGACCUGCUUCUGGAACUGUCUGAGCGCCAGCACCUACGCCAGUUCGUCUUUAUCACACCUCAAACCACUAGCAAUCUCCCCAAAAGUGAUCACAUCAAAAUUCACCAGCUAGAGGACCCAGAGAGAGACCGAAUCAAUGAGGAGGAAGCUACACAGAGGCCCCAGAGUUGAGACACAGUUGUAUUCGUGUGCCACAGACAGAUGAUGGGCUCUAAUGUGGUGCUGGUGUGUUAGUAACGGCUUCUAACACUGAGGCGAAACACGAGUAGGCUACCUAGUGUAGGACUGACUAGCACAAUUGCCCAUCACAGGGGAUUUCAUCCAGUGCAGCUUUUUUAUGUACAGGGUUCAUGUCAGGGUCUUUUAUUCUAACUUUUCAAAAUGACAGUUUUUAAACUUUAUUUUUGUAAUUGAUUCAUUAUCAUUUUAGGAAUAUAUGUUUUAUUAUAGCUUAAUUUAACCAGACCAAUAUUGCCACUGUGUGUGUUCUGCUAAAUGACUUUAAUUGUAAAAGAUAAAUGCUAUGCUCUGCUGCUAGUUAUCCUGGUGCCUUUUUGGGAUUUGACUGUACUGUUGGUAUGGCAAAAAGGCAAUAAUGCAUAGGGUUUGGAGUCACCCUGUUAAAGAGUUGAAAUGCUUUUAUGACCGUCUAUUGUAUUUAUUUUUAACAAAAUAAAAAAAAUGUGGAUACAGGCAAAUCACUGAAAUAUCCCAGUGGGUAUGCUUUUUUAUUGUUGAUUUUUGAACCACAAUGUAAGUAGUGCAAUCAUGACAUUUGUUACACCUGGAAUUAAACACAUGCCACAUAUAAAAACAUGAAUAUAGGUCUGACACUGUUAAAUUACUCACUUGCUUAAAUUUGGUAUUUCCUUUAUGUAUUAAGUACAAAUAUUUACAGGGCAAAAUACACUGUAACCAGCAAGAGUUGGAGAUUGUACAAACAAUGUGUUGUUUUUUUUUAAAUGUUUUUUUAUUUAUUUUUAUUUUUUUUGCUUUGUUUGUUUUUUUUUUGCUCAGGGGGGUUUGUCUUUGUGUGUCUGUGGGAUGCAGCAUCCGAGGAUAAGUAGGACUGGAAUGAGUGCUCAGUGCAGGGCAGAGCUAGCAGGCUCCCCACGCACUACCAGUGGAACACAAGGUCACUGGCCUGUCACAUGAGAGUACCAUUUAACAAAUACAUUUAAUCCCUAGAAUCCAAUUAACCUUAGUUUGCCAGUAAUCAUUUCCACCUAAUGAUUAUUUAUAGUCUCUUCUCUUGAAGGGGAUGCUGCAUCCCAGCCAGACCUGUUCUUAAAAUACUUGGUGUGUUGGUCUUCGGGAUGUAAACUUGAAUUCAAAAGGUAUCUCAAUACAAAAAACGAGUCAAUAAAAAUGCAGUGCCCUUCAAGUAAACUUGUGUGACAAACACAUUGGGAGGGGCUUAUCUUCAUGUACACAAAAUGGAGAACUUGAGCACAGGGAGAGUGGUGGGGAGGGGGUCACUUUACCAAACUGGGGAAUACUUGUAGCAUAUUGCCUUUUUCAUCUGAAACACUACUUGUGGUAAAAACACAAAUAGAUAAUGCAACCACACUGAACAUGCUCACAUCAAUGUGUUCUAAAACCAUAUUUCUGGUAAUAGAACAGCAAUGUGCUACCCUUCAUGUUCCCUAUGGUUUGAUCUUUUUAAGCAGGGCUUCUGGACGUUGACAUUUUUGCUAGCUUGAGAUGGAGUCGGACUGUUUUCUUUUAGGAAGGUGACCCCCGCCCCGGCAGGGGAGCUCUCCAUCCCAUUUGCAGCUCGAUGCAUAGACUGACAUUUAAACACGUUAGCGUGAUCGAGAACAUCUCUCGGGGCGAGGGUUCGAGAGGAGUGUCCUGAGGGAGGACCACAGACAAACACAAGUACUACUAAGGAGACAUGCUGGCACAGGAAUGUGAAUAGUGUAGAAAUGGACCACGAGUGAAUAUCCCACACACCGAGCGAAAUGAUGUUCAAGGGCUUUUUCUUCCUCUUUUACUCUUCUAGAGGCUUAACCUGAACACAGCACAUGCAUGCACUAGCGACAUUUAGAGUUCUGUGGUCUGAGCAUACUGGGAGGGGCUAACUGUUUGCCCUCAGGUUAUCUGACAAUAACUGCUUUUAUCUCUUGUCUUGAUAUAACAGGUGGUAUUAUGUCUUGUAUUUAUAUUAUUUUUAUGGGGAUAUUUUCUCCUCUUGACAACUAUUUAGAACA